UGAACGUCUCAGUCAUUUUGUUAAAGCUCGCUUCUGAGGGGACGCAUUUUACUUCGACUGCAUUUUGUGCUUCUCGGUUUGUCGGUGGAGUCUUUAAGCAAAGAGAAAAAGGAGCAUCAGAUGAUGGAGCAGAACACAGUGCUGUUGUUGAUCGGUAAAACCGGAGCAGGAAAAAGCACCACAGGAAACACCAUCUUUAAUGAAACUGUGUUUGAGUCAGAAAUGAGAUCUUCAUCAGUGACCAGAUUCUGUCAGAAACACACUGGAUCUGUUAGUAACAAGAAAGUGACAGUGAUCGAUACUCCAGACUUCAUCUUCUCCACUCACACUGACUUUGAUUCAGACUCGGAGCUGAAGAAAGCUCUUGAAUUAUGUUCACCAGGAGCUCAUGUGAUCCUGCUUUUUCUGCCUUUAAGCACUUUCACUGAGAAGGAGAUGGAUUUCAUUAGCUGGUUUGAGCAGAAGUUUGGAGCAGAAGCUCUCAGAUUUACUCUAGUGAUCUUCACUCAUGCAGAUCAGAGACACAUGAGAACACUAGGAGAAAUGAUCAGGGCAAAUCCUCAAUUAUCUGGUUUUAUUAAUCGAUGUGGUCAGAGAUAUCAUGAGUUUAACAUUAAAGAUUGAUCAAACAGACGGCAGGUGACUGAACUCAUGGAGAAGAUCGACAGACUGGUGACUGAGAACAGAAACUCCCGUUACACACUAGAAAUGAUGGAGGAGACUGAGAGGAGAAGAGAGGAGGAGGAGAGGAGGGCAGAGGAGGAGAGGAAAGAGAGAGAACAUCAAAUGACAUUAGACAGAGUCAGAAGAGAGACAGAGAUGCGUGUAAGGAAAGAAUGUGAGGAGCAGGAAAGAGCCAGGAUACUGGAGAAACAGGAGAAAGCUUGGAAGGAGCUCAAACUUCUGAUUGUUAAACAGAUAAAGCUGAAAUAUAUAUGUGUGAUUAUGGUUUUUGCUGUAGUGACGGGAGGUGUUUCAGCGUGGAAGGAAAACUUCACAUGGAUGGACAAUCAUGAGGGGUUUCAAUACUGGAGGAUCAGCAGCAGCUGGAGGAGUUUUCACUGGGAUUCUCUGGAGAUUGAUGUUGAAGAGUCAGUUUAUCCGUUCAUCUUCUCUUGAGCGUCCCAGUGCUGUUAGACAGUUACUGCUGAAAGCAGCAGGUGCUGUGUGUGGUUUAUCAGCUGGAGCUGUGAUUGGUCACUUUAUAGGAGGAAAUGAACUUCCUGUUACAGCAUUAGCAGGAUUGGCUGGAGCUGCUGCAGCUUUUACAGCAAUACAGUGAGGCUGGUGAUGAUUUACAGAUCAUGAUGAAAUAUUCCAGACAUAAUAUUUGUAAACUUCAUUUUCAAUUUCUCAGGUUAUUACAGAAAUAAAACGUAAUGUAAAAAUGUAAUGUUUAAGAACCUGCAUUACACUUCCAAAGUGCUGGGUUAAAAAUAACCCAAGUUGGGUUAAAUAUGGACAAACCCAGUGAUUGGGUUAGAUG